UGCCCGACAUUAGAGUCGAAGAAGAAACAUCUAACUUGGAUUGCUAGGAUUCCUCAAAAUGGGACCUAAGAACGGCCCAUUGGUGCUUAUAGUUGUGUUAGCGACACUGAAGGUCAGUUUUGGGUACAUUGAGGCUCUAGCAGCCAAUGUCGAUGCCGUUUCUCAGACCACAAAGGAAAAGAUGACCUACAUGGUCGCUUAUUCCUGUCUUCAAAAAGAUGCCCCACUUAUGUACAAACGUGCCGAUCAGAAAUGGGAGGCAGACGUCCGAACACGACCCUCAACUUGUCUCGAUAACUUACGAAGCAUCUUCGAUUUCUGUAAAGAGGUUUACAAGGAUGCUGAUGUGACCAACAUUGUCCCUGUCGAGAAUGUCGAAGUUACAUGGCCAGACAAGUUUGGACAUCUUCACACUGACCGCAACUUCCAGGUGUACAGCUGUCUCACUGGAAUCUUCACAAGUGAAGCCCUUCUGGUUCCCCAGGGAUGUGAGUUCCAGCAUCUUAAGUACAAUGAGUGUGCAUCAUACACAUUCUGGAAGGAGAAAUCAAACUUGACCUGCCAAGACAAGAACAUGUACAUGGAGAACUUCUCCAUGUUGCUUCCCUGUAAUGUUGGUCUGUACUCUGGUGUGGAGUAUGUCUGCUGCAAACCCCCCAACACAGGAAAGCCAGUCGACCAUCCCAGAGUCAUUAGCUUGCCCAAGGAGGACAAAACCAAGACCGUGGUGAUUGACAAGGAUGCCAAUGUUGAUGAUGCCUACCAGGCAUACCUCCGUAACGAUGAGGAAUACCUGUCUCGAUACAGAAAUGAACACGAAAGGUUCAAGUCUUCAGAAAUGGCACUGAACAAACGACACCAGGACCGCAUCAACAAGAUGAUGAAGGAAUGGGAAGAAGCAAGAGAACAGAUUGCCGAGAUGAAAAAAACAGAUGUCAAGGGAGCUGAAGCUCUUAAUGCUGAUGUCAUGAAGAGAUUCCAGUUGUUGUACACUGGCUACGAACAGGCUGAUGCUGCAGAGAAGAGGCAGCUGGUGGCUCUCCACCUCCAGAGAAGACAAGGCGAACUGAACAGAAAGAAGAGAAUCAACCUGGAAAAAUACAUGACUGAAUUACAGAGGCCACACGUUGAUUUCCAGAGAGUGUUCAAGUUCCUAAAGGAAUACAUCAAGGUAGAGGAGAAAGAUCGUACCCACACCCUCAAUCAUUUCGUACACGUUCGUAACACUGAUAUGGAGGAAGCCAAGCGUAUCCAAAAAUCCUCACUCGACCAUCUUGAUGUCCUUGACCAGCGUAUCAGUCAGGCCCUUGACAUGCUCGACCACUUCCAACAGAUCAAACAGAAAGUCAAGCCAAUGAUUGAUAACUUCCUUCGUGAAUACCAGGGACUGGCAGAGUCUGCUAGGAAGGUUGUGUCACGACCCUUCACCCCAGAGGUCGACUCCGAGGAAGAGGAGGAGGAUUCAUCAGAGAGCGAGGAGGAUUUACCACCUGCUGACAACAAUGCAAACCUUGGACAUGAGGACACUAUCAUCCCUAUCCACAAGGUCGCAGAGGUCGUCCCGCUUCCAUCCAACACCAUCGACAAUGACAUAUUAGAUGACAUGAUACGGGAAGAUGAUGGAAUCAACACUUUUGAUGAAGAAACGAUAGAAAACGAGCACGACACCAACUUUGUAGCUCACCAUAUGCAUGAUAAACAAAGUUUCGAACAGGCCAUCGGAAAUGCUGCUGGCAUGCAAGUAGGGACAGCAACAGGAAGCAUUUUUGGAAUCGCCAUCGGAAGUGUCGCUGUGUUUGUCAUUAUUGUUGUCGCAGUGAUUAUGCUGCGUAAGCACUCCCAUCGCCGCCCAGUCACUCACGGUUUCGUCGAGGUUGACCCAGCAGCAUCACCAGAAGAACGGCAUGUUGCCAACAUGCAAAUGAACGGCUACGAAAACCCAACAUACCAAUACUUUGAACUGAAUCAGAACCAAAACGUAUAGAAGAAAGUCCUAUGCAUUCCAACAUGGACAAAACUAAAGAACGGAUGAGCGUUUAAAACCACUAUUGAAAUCAUCAGUGUUGAAGUAUAAGCAUCCAACUCUCCUGCCUCUAGCUUCCAGAUUACCAUAAUGUUGGAACUGAAAAGUUGUUGUACAAUUUAGAUUUCAUCUAAAGCAAUUGAUUUCUUACCUUUGUGCUGGUUUUUUUUUUUCGAACAGAAAUCAUGUUUCAAUUCUGCGAUUUAAAAGCUUAAGAAUAAGCCCUAGUUUACAUACGGGAGUUGGAAAUUGUGUAUAUAAGCUUAAGAUCUGAUAGUUAUGUACUUGUCUUGUUUGUUUUUAUAUAUAAUACACUCGGCUUCAGGCAAUACAUUAUUAAGUAUUGGUUGUGUAUCUCAACAGCUUUGUAGCGGCCAUUGAGGCCCAACUUGGUGACGAGUCAGAAAUUACAACAUAUGUGUAGUUUCCAUUUCUCAUGCAAAAUCUUUCAGAAUACAAAAAUGAUCAUUCCAAACUUGUGUACAUGUUUUUGUCAGGAAAUUCACCUGGCUGAGAAAUGAGAUAAUUGUGAUAUUUUUUAAAGUGGCACGAGUCAGAAUUUGAACAUGUGUGAUGUGAUAUGGAUUCUCUACUGUUGGCGAGACUGAUUUUCCAUAUUUACUCAAAGAGCUCUAUUGCAUCGUGAUGGAACACACCUACAUGGAUAAGUCCAUUAUAUUGAUAUAGGGGUGACAGGGAGAAGUUGUCCUGUCACAACACCUAUGUUCAAAUUCUUUCAGUGAACAAAGCUUGUUUUUGACCAAGUGUGAAUUUAAAUCGUGUUUAGAUAGUGUACAUAAUUUUGUGUUAAUAAGUUCCUAUCAACUUACAGAUGAAAACUCACUGUACAUAAUUUCCUUGCUUGAAAAGUUUACUAAAACUUUGCUGUUUUUUUCUCCUCUUGCUCCGACUUUUUUCAACAAGUGUAUUAUAUUGUUACAUUUUGUAUUCAAGUGACCACUUUACAUUAAAUAUUAUCAUCAUCUUUAUUUUACCAAAAAAAAACCCAUUGUGAGUGACUAGAGUAAAUUCUGAUAUCACUUGUAUUUAUCAUAUAUAUAUUAUACAUUGUAUCUAUACUGCUUCAGGUCUUUGUUGCAAUAAAUACAUUUGGCUGGUGGAACUUUACCAACUCGCGUAUACAUUGAUGUUUCCUUUAUUUAUUGAAAGGAAAUGAAAUGUUUAUUUCAAAAAAUAGGAUAAGGACAAAGACUUUGUUAUAUAUAUAUAGGUGUAACCUAUACAUUUUUAAAUCUUGCGAGUUGUGUGAAUUUUAAAACAUUAUCAUUUUUUUCCAAAGAUUUUUUGUGACACAAAUUUAUCAAGAUAAUUUUCCAUAUUUCACAAAUUUAUUUUAUUUUAUACAUGUGAACCUAUAAAAUAUAUACAUAUAUACCGCAUUGGAGUUAGGUUGUAUAUAUACAUAGUUGUUGACUCGGCAUCAAACGUGAUUUUCAUCAACAUAAAACGUCGACCAACAUCAGAAGUUUUUGUUUGUGGUUGUUCAUGGUGGUUGUUGCAGUUUCAUGUAAAAAUCAGUUGUAAAAUAUAUCAUUUUAGAUUAUCUCCCUUGAUUUUGUGCCAGUAACAUUAUAAAUUAACUAAUAUUACUAAAUUCAACUGACAUCCCUAAUAUCAAAAGGUUAGAAAUGAAAUCCAAAUAUCAAGAAAAUUCUUGUUACAAUAAAAUAUCUUUAAAAAUGAUCAACUCUAGCUCAUUUAAUUUUAAUUUAAUAAAAAUGGAACAAAUUAUUUCUAUUUAUUUAAACAAUUUAUUUUAAACAUGAAAUAAGUAAUAGAGAAAGAAAAUUAAUUUCAGGGAGGGGAGAAAACUCUGAGCAUUGUAGCAGUGUGGUGCCACCUUUUUAAAAUAAAUUUUUAGUUGAGUGUACAAGAUUUAACUUUCACGUUCGUAAGAUUUUUUCACCGUCUGAUUUUGACAGCUGCCUGCUGGAUUGAUGUUGAAACAGGAACAGAUUUUAUACCAGUCAAAAAUUAUUUUGAUGCAUUAGCACAUUCAUGAAAGAAAAACGAUUCAAAUAUAAUCCUGAAAUCCUUAUUCAGUGGUACAUGUAUAGAAUGUAACAGUAUAAAAGAAUUAAAUAUUUAUGGAAAACGUGUGUGCUUGCAUUGAACCAAUGAACAGAGAACAGAUAGAUCUGUUAUUACACCAAGAACUUCCUGGAAAUGUACUUAAGUAGGCAUAUUGAAAAAAAUAUGUAAAUACCAAAUUUAAAUACACUGAGAUAUGUAUCAGUUUUAAAAUCUAUUUUUUAUGUAAAAGGUGUAUCAUUCAAAAAGACGGUGAAACAAACUUCCUGAACAGCAUUUAAGUUUUUGAUUAGUCAGGUCUUCAAUGUUGUCCAAAUAGCUUCGAGUCGUUUACCAUGUUUUUACAGGGAUAUUCAAGAAAUGUGUACCUAUAUAUGUAUAAAACACAUGUAUGAUUUUGUUAAUAAAACUUGUACACUCAG